AUUAUUUUUAAUGACAUUUGAUUCUAAAUAUUUAUUGUAUACAUUGUGUCCCAUAUAUACAUAAACAGUGUGUGGGUAUUUUAUAUUUUUUUUUUAUUAUUUAUUGUGAGUCAGUGACAGUCUUGUACAUACACGAUUUGGCUUUAUCAAUGCCUCAGAAAUUACAAUCAUUCAGUUUACCAACUACCAACUACCAAGCUAAGCAUUUAAUCUAUAAAAAAAAUUAAUUAUCCUCUCAACUAAAAUUGAAUAAAAAAUAUAAAUUAAGUCUAUAUAAUUUUAUUUAUUCUAUCAAUAAUUUCUAAAAAGAAACAAAGAGUAAUAAUAAUUCUAAAAAUGUCAUAAUUUAUCAGAAAGAUAAUAAACAUAUUGAAUUUCAUUGUUUAAUUAUAACAAAGAAAAUAAUUUCAAGUAUAAAAAAAGUAUUUUAAUUAAAUAAAAUGGAGAGUAGUUCAAUUGAAACACCUAAAAGAUCAUUAACAGCAUCUGUUUAUGAUGAUGAUGAUGAUGAUAAUAAUGUACAACAAGGAUGCUGUAGACCAACUGGAAAACCAUGGAGAUUUACUGGACUUGCUUUAAUGUGUUUUCUUGGUUUUGGUUCAUAUUUUUGCUAUGAUAAUCCUGGUGCACUUUUAAAUCAUAUGUUAAGUGAUUUGGGAAUAUCAUAUACACAAUAUUCUUUAUUAUUAUCAAUAUAUUCAUUUCCAAAUAUAUUAUUAUGUUUUGUUGGUGGUUUUUUACUUGAUAGUGUUUUUGGUAUAAGAUUAGGUACAAUUAUUUAUAUGGCAUUAGCUAUGAUUGGACAAAUUAUAUUUGCAUUUGGUGCAUUUGUAAAUAUUUUUUGGCUAAUGUUACUUGGACGUUUUAUAUUUGGAAUUGGAGCUGAAUCACUUGCUGUUGCACAAAAUAGUUAUGCUGUACUUUGGUUUAAAGGAAAAGAAUUAAAUAUGGUAUUUGGUUUACAGCUUAGUUUUGCAAGAUUAGGAUCAUCAGUUAAUUUUAAAGUUAUUGAACCAAUAUAUAAUUUUGUAUCAAAAUAUUAUAAAGGACCACAACUUAUUGGUUUUGUAUUAUUUCUUGCAUCAUUAACAUGUAUAUUUUCAAUGAUAUGUGCAAUAAUAUUGGGUUUAAUGGAUAAAAGAACUGAAAAAAUUUUACGUCGUGGACAUGGUGAAGAAAAACAAAUUGCAAGAUUAUCUGAUGUUAAAAAUUUUAAAGGUAUAUUUUGGCUUGUUGCUGUUAUUUGUAUUGCAUAUUAUGUUGCAAUAUUUCCAUUUAUUGCAAUGGGAAAAGUAUUUUUUAUGCGUAAAUAUGGACUUGAUGAUGAUGAUGCAAAUACAGUAAAUGGUUUAUUAUAUUUGAUAUCAGGUUUAGUAUCACCAUUUAGUGGUAUUAUUAUUGAUAAAACUGGUAAAAAUGUAUUUUGGGUAUUUAUCAGUAUAUUUGGAACAAUGGUGUCACAUGGAAUGUUGGCAUUUACAUUUAUAAAUCCAUAUAUUUGUAUGAUUACAAUGGGAAUAUCAUAUUCAUUUUUGGCUGGUAGUUUAUGGCCUUUAAUUGCAUUAAUUGUACCAGAAUAUCAACUUGGUACAGCAUAUGGUAUUGCACAAGCUGUACAAAAUCUUGGUUUAACAAUUGUAUCAUUAUUGGCUGGUAAUAUUGUUGUAACAAAAGGUUAUUUUGAAUUGGAAUUAUUUUUUUUAGCAUGGUUAUGGAUUUCAUUGAUAACAAGUGUUUUGGUAUGGAUAUCAGAUAUAUCAAAAUUAGAUGGUUACCUAAACAUGACACCAAAACAACGUGAAAUUUAUGAUUCAACACGACCAACAAUUGAUUCUCUUGAACGUGAAAAAUUAUUAUCAACUGAAUCAACAUCUGAUUUUUUAGCUGAUGAUAAUGGACAAUCACAAAAUGAAGAUACAAUUAGAAAUCGAUAUAUAACAAGAACUGGCACACCGAUACCUUCAAAUAUAAAAUUAAUUACGUAUCAAUCAAUUCGAUGACAGAUCUGCAUUUUAAAUCAUUAAUUUUUACACACCCGAGUGUUCAAAUUUCAUGACAAAACAGCUCGAUUUAUAUAUAAAAGAAAAAAAAAAAAAUUAAUAAUUUAUUCUACGUGAAUUUAUUAUUAUUAUUAAUAUCUCAAAAUAAUUUUUUUUUUUUUUUUAUAAUUAUUUCUUUGCGUAUUGAAGAAGAGCACACAGCUGCGUUGCCAAAAAGAAAAAGAAAAAAAAGGAAUAAUCUAUUCUGAAGAUGAAAAAUUUAUUAAAUUGAUAAUAAAUAUAAAAAUUAAUUGAACUUUGACCAUAAAUUUAUCGAUGACAGAUAGCAGACAUUAGCAAUUAAUUUGUACAUUAAAAAAGAAAAACACAAGUAAUGUAUGUCUCGUUACAAAAUUAAUAUUUUUCAUUGUGUCUUCCCGUUACGCAGCAUAAUAAUCUGUGAUAAAUUUAUGUACCAAUUAAAAAAAAAAAAAAACAAGGAAUUUAAAA